UUACAUUGAUUUUCUCCGCCCAAUCCAAAGAAAGUUGAAACAAAGAAGUCCCAAAUUAAUCUCUGAAAUGUCACUCCAAAAGGUACUUCAAAACCUAAGAACUCUCAAAAAAUGGCAAAUCCCAAAUCCCAGUCUUCACCCUAGAGCAAAAAUUGCAGACACCAUUAUCAAUACAGUGCUAAGCCCCAUAGUCAUUGCACCCUCUACUCUUCUCUCCAACCUCACUCCCAAUUUGAUUCUCCUUAUUUUAUCUGACCCACAUAUCAACACACCUAAAUGCCUCGACUUCUUCAAUUUCCUUAUGCUUAAUCAAUCUUUCAUUACUUUCAAGAUUGGUGUUGAAACCCACUUGACACUUGUUUGCAGGCUUGUCAAAGAAGGAUACUUUGAAGAUGCUGAGACCCUUUUAGUUUUAGUCCCAAAUAUUGAAACUUUCAGGUGCCCUUUUGCUGUUAUAGCUUCUUUCUUUGAGAAUCACAAUGUUCCAUCAAAGUUUGCUUCGAAAAUAUUCAAUUUGCUUCUUAAAGCUUUAUCUGAUAACGGAAAAUUCAACGAGGCUUUAGAGAUUUUCAUGUAUAUGAAACUAAAUGCAAUUGAGAUUAAUGAGAGAACAUGUACUGUUCAUUUGAUUAAUCUUUUGAAGUGUGAUCAGAUCGCGUUAGCGCUGGUAUUCUUUUAUCAAAUGGUUGAAUCAGGUAUUCAGGUUUCAGUAUUUUCGUUGACGGUCGUGGUAGAUGGAUUGUGUAAGAGUGGGGAGAUAAAGAAGGCUAGAGAAUUAGUGGAGGAAAUGUUGUCUAAAGGGGUGAAGCCUAAUAUUAUUACAUGUAAUACCUUGGUGGAUGCUUGUGCUAGGAGAUGGAAUUUCGAAGAAAUGAACAACAUUUUGGCCUUGAUGAAAAGGGAACGAGUCGAUUUAAAUGUUGAGACUUACAAAUUUUCGGUGGAUGGAUUUUUGAGUAGUGGGAAGAUUGAUGAUGCAGAGAGAUUGAUUUUGGAAAUGUAUGUCAAGGGUUUUAAAGUGGAUAUCCAUUUGUAUAAUUUGAUGAUUAAGGGAUAUUGCAGGCUAGGGAAUAUGGAAAGGGCACUUUCAUUGUUCAGGCAGAUGAUUGAGAAAGACAUCUGCCCUAAUGGUGAUACAUAUUCAGUUUUGGUAAAAGGACUUUGUGAUAAAGGACAGGUAAGUGCAGCAAAAGAGCUCGUAGAUAAAAUGCUGGGCCAGGGAGUUGAGUUGGAUGGAAGUAUGUUCGACAUCUUAAUUCACUGUUACUUCAAGGCUGGAAUGAUUGAGGAAGCUGUUAGCAUACUUGGAUUGAUGGAGAAGAGAGAAUUCAUUGCUGAUACGUCUGUGUAUGAGCUGAUAAUUGAUGGAUUACUCAAGUUAGAUCGGACUGAAGAGGCAAUAUCUUGGUUAACACCUUUAAUCAAAAGGGGUGUAUCUAGGCAGAAGUUAGCUACUAUUCCACUGGCCGAUUAUUUAAGAAAUUCAGUUUCUGAAAAGUUGGUUCACAAACGCAAAGAAAAUGAGAACAGCUUUAAAACAACGUUUUACUCUGAUACGAUUAAUUUACAGCACGAGGAUGCACAUUCUGCUGAAAUGACUAACAUUUCAGCAGUAAUAAACGAGUAUAUAAAGUAAAAUGCUGCUUAACUUGUUGUUCAGAGAAGGAGGAGACAUGCAUCCUAACUGAAAAGAACCCAUGAUGAUGUGGCACUGAAGGAAAGUUUUGAGGACGUUGGUUGCCUUGUGUGUCAAGGGGUGCGGGUUUUGUCAUGAUAGUGCUAGAUUUUUGGACGAGAAAACAGGCUGGAAAUGAUGUGGGUUGUCAAUUAUCACCUUGGGAGGUAUUUUCCUUCAUCAACCAUAUACAGAGAAGCUUUCAUUUCUUUGAUGCAAGAUUGAAUAAAUUUUAAUUCUUUUUAAAUGGAGAUUUGGAUGGGAAAAAACAGUCAUUAUUUUUAAGAAGAAGACACAAUACGAAGGGCUAUAACACGGGAUAUACCAUACUCAAAAUGUGUCAAAAAUUCAGUUGUGUAUGUUCCAAUUUGUUUAGUGUAUCUGACAGACUGCCAGUGUGUUGUAAAAAAAAACCUGAUUAUACCUAGUUCAGAUAUGAUGGAUUCUUGGUUAUCUGUGGAACAGUUUGUUUGGGAAUCAGGGAAAGACAACGAAAAGGAAAACGGAGAGGGGGAAAGUGAAGGAUAAAUAACUCUACUUUUUUGUUCGGAGAAAUGAGGAAACCAUAUGCUUGCCCGUUGUCCCUUCACAUUCACUACUUGUGUGUUGAAGGUAUCAGGUGAAAUUGAAGCUGAGUUUGCUCGAAUUGGUGCUAAGUCUGUUCUUAAGAAAAUGUUGUCAUACCGCAACUCUGUACCCUUUUAUUUACCUAAAGGUUAAGCCUUGAGGCUAUCCCUGAUGCUCCGAUUGCCCUUUCAUAGGGGCUUUCUGAAGGAUAGUUGGAUUACUAUGCCAGCAAGUUUGAACAAUGGUUUCACUAGAUUGGUUUCAUUGGUGCAGUUAACUAUUAUCGAGCUAUAUCUAGAGCUAUCAAAAUGGGCUUGGCCCACUAGGCCGGCCCAACCCAAUCCUUGAAUUAAGUGGGGAAGGGCCUAAUUUUUUUUGGCCCAUUUAGGAACGAGGCUUUUUAGCCAAAUCUCAUUUGGCCCGCUAGCCUCGUAGGCCCAACCCGCAAGCCUCAGAGGCCAGCCCGUGGGCAAUGAAUAUUUAAAAAUAUUUUUUAUAUAUAUUUUUAGUAGUGUUUUAUUUGUAAAGUUUUUAUCAAUAAAUAUUUUUUAAAAUAAAAAAUCAAGUCUUUUAAACUAGCUAGUUUUUUGUGGAGGAAUGGUGGAAUGAUCAACAUUUUUUGCUAAAUCUUACGUUGACUAUUAUGUAUUUUCGUAAGUAUUCACCGAAGUGUGUGAUUCAUAAAUGUAUUUUUGUAAGUAUUCAUCGAAGUGUGUGAUUCAUUAAUGAAAAAAUUGUAUGUAUUGAUGUCGUAUUCAUAGACGUCAACGUUCGAUACUCUUUCUAAGAGAAUAAUAUUAUUCAUUUUUUGGUUGAAGGACCAACCCAUCCCAACCCGUGGCCCACUCAGGGUUGGAUUGGGCUGUUAUUUUAUUGGUCCUUUAAUUAAAAUGGUCAGCUCGUCCCAAUCCAUUUAACUCUUUAGCCCGUUAGAAUUGGGUUGGGUUGGGUUAGGCCAACCCAUAUUGAUAGCUCUAGCUAUAUCCAUGUAAGCAUUCUCGCCUUCUGUGAUAUUGUGAAUUUGAUUGCAUUUGUUCGACACUUUAGUUGUAUGCUUAUAUAGUUCUCAUCUGUUUCAA